CGUCAUAGCCCAUUUGUUUUGACAUUGAAUCCUAACCUAAAAAUAUCUUAAAAGUCAUCGGAAAUCUUGUUAUAAAAGUUAUAAUCGUAAUAUUAUAUUAAUCAAUUGGGUAAAAAGAAAUAUUAUUUCAAAUAAAUCCUCAAAGAUUUUUAAUUAAAAACUGUUAGGUUAAUUUUCAAGAUGCCAAAAUAUUAUUGUGACUAUUGUGACACUUAUUUAACUCACGAUUCACCGAGUGUGAGAAAAACUCAUUGCCAAGGUAGAAAGCACAAGGAUAAUGUAAAAUAUUUUUAUCAAAAAUGGAUGGAAGAUCAAGCACAACAGCUUAUUGAUGCAACUACUGCCGCAUUUAAAGCAGGAAAAAUUGCGACAAAUCCAUUUUCGGGCAAUAAUGGAGCAGCAAUUCCACCGCCUGUUAAUUAUGGUCCAAGACCAGGUCCUGGUCCAGUACCACAAGGACCACCAAUGAUGCCACCGCCAAUGAUGAUGGGACCACAUGGACCAAUGCCACCACCAAUGAUGGGAAUGCCACCUCCAAUGAUGGGACAUAUGGGUCCCAUGAUGGGACCAAUGGGUUCAAUAAGACCACCUCCAAUGAAAACAUAAAUUAAUCUUCCAUCUCGUCGGUGAUUAUUCAUUUUAUUUAAAAAUUAUUAUUAUUUUAUAAUUAUACAAAUACAAUGAGUUUCAAUUAUAUUUUGAAACAAUUUUCUUUUUUUUUUCUGAAUAAUAAAACUUCUCACUUUUAGUUAUUAAA